UUCUCACGACUCCUUCCACCAGCACAACCUCACAGUCUAUCAUGAAGGUCCUCAUCGUCCUCUACUCUGGCGGCCAGGCCGCGCAGGAGCAGCCUCGCCUGCUCGGCACCACCGAGAACAAGCUUGGCAUCUUUGACUGGCUCAAGGGCCUGGGUCACGAUGUCGUAGUCACCGAUGACAAGGAGGGCCCCAACUCGGAGUUCCAGAAGCACAUCGUCGACGCCGAGAUCCUCGUCACGACUCCUUUCCACCCUGGUUACCUUACCGCCGACCUUAUCGACAAGGCCAAGAACCUCAAGCUCUGCGUCACUGCUGGUGUGGGCUCUGAUCACGUCGACCUGAACGCGGCGAACAAGCGCAAGAUCACUGUCGCCGAGGUGUCGGGAUCCAACGUCGUCUCCGUCGCUGAGCACGUCGUUAUGACCAUGCUCUGCCUUGUGCGCAACUUCGUUCCGGCCCACGAGCAGAUUAUCAACCACAAGUGGAACGUAGCGCAGAUCGCCCGCGACGCCUACGACCUCGAGGGCAAGGUGGUCGGCACCAUCGGCUGCGGCCGCAUCGGCUACCGCGUUCUGCAGCGCCUCGAGCCCUUCAACUGCAAGGAGCUCCUGUGGUUCGACUACAACGACAUCCCGGCCGAGGCGGCGAAGGCGAUCUCGGCCAAGCGUGUCGACACGCUCGACGAGCUUCUCUCACGCUGCGACGUCAUCACCGUCAACUGCCCGCUCCACGAGAGCACGCGCGGCCUAAUUAACGCUGACGCGAUCAAGAAGAUGAAGAAAGGCGUGUGGAUUGUCAACACGGCCCGCGGAGCUAUCUGCGAUCGCAAGGCCAUUGUCGAGGCGCUCGAAAGCGGCUACAUUGCUGGAUACGGCGGCGACGUGUGGGACGUCCAGCCCGCGCCUCCCGACCACCCGUGGCGUGAUAUGCGUGGCCCUAAUGGAAACGGCAACGCGAUGACGCCCCAUUAUAGCGGCACUACCCUUGAUGCGCAGGCUCGCUACGCUGCCGGCACGAAGGAAAUUAUCGAAAACUACCUCAACGGCAAGCCCCAAAACCCCGCCAACGUCAUUGUUGAGAACGGCGAGUACGCCACGAAGGCCUAUGGCCAGCGCAAGUAGGCAGUGGACGGUGUUGUGUAGUUAUGGCAAAAGUUUGCAUGUAUUCCAUGGCAGUGAG